AAAAUGUUGGCAUCAAAUGGACACCAAUUAUUGCUAACAAGAUCUGCCAAAUCGUUAUCAAACAAAUUAUUAAUAAUAAUCUGUUUGAAUAUAAUUAUACCAUCGAUGGUCAUCAGCUCAGCAUUAGAUGACAAACAAAUUAARCCAAUUUUUAGCCAACAAAUAGACAGUUGCGAAAAAAAUACAAAAGGAUCUACACUUAUGAGGUUUACCUCACAAUUAGUUAUACAAAUUGAAGAUGCCAUUUCCGGCGACAAAGACCUAUACGAUUUGGUCGCCGACGGCGGCGACGGCGGCAGCGAAAUAAAGUCAGUUAAGCUGAAAAAACCGGUCGAAAACGAAACCUUUGAUUUUCGGCUAAUCUUCGGCGAUACCACCGCCGCCGCCGACCAAUUGGUUGUCGGCAUCAGUGGCCACUUUGUACGCAACUGUGACGACUCGUAUUCGUCGUCGUGUACGGUAAUCAUUGCCUUCCUGUCCAGUCUAUGCCUAAUCCUGUUUACGGCACUGGCGCUGGCGUUGAUUAUAUUGCGCCGAAAAAAACCGAUAACCUUCAAGUUUGGCCAACGAGGAGACGGCGGUGGCCARCGAGAGUCCAUCCAAUACAACGAUGGCGUCGGCAAACAGUUUAGUAAUUACGAAAACUAUAACGAAAAUCACGUCAACAAAGAGCCGUCCGGCGGUGAUGUGACCGCCAAUAAUGGCCACAAUUUUAUAAUAAACUCUGUACACAAUAGUCCACUKCCGCCGUCGUCKCAGCCGAGAAAGUCRUCGCUAAAGCCGUCGACCAAACGUAACAGUAUUAGCGACCCGUCGUCGGUAAUGAUGGCCAACAACAACAACAAUACUAACACAAUAAUCGCCAAUAACCUCAACCUAAAUAACAACAACUACGACAACGUUGGCUUUACGGGCGGCGAUCUGGAGGUUGUUCCCGAAAUCAACGAAGAUAUCAGAUCGUUGGCUGGUGUUGGCCUCGGCGACGGCGGCGGUGGCGGUGGCGUCGACGACAGCGACUGUGGUGCCGACGACGAUGAUAAGCCACCGACGAUGGCACCGCCGAAGCUGCCAGAGGUCCGCCGCAAGUCUAUCGUAACGUUUUGCGAAACUACGCAAAUCAAUUAUGGAUGAUAUAACCCAUACACACCACUCCCGGAGUAGAGGGGGGGAGGUAGGGAGGGGUUGUUAGAUGAUGAUGAUGAUGAUGGUUGUCCUCCUCCUCCACCAUCAAUAGUCUUGAGUUAAUUAAUAAAUUGUGAUCAAUUAGUGUGUGUGUGU